UGCCGAUGCCCGUGAUGCCGCCCCCCCCCCCCCCACCACGAUGCCGCGCCGGGCAACCGCCCGUGUCGCCCGUAUCUAAAACCGCUACUGUUUGGGAGGAAUAAAACCCGCUGCUGCACGCCUACUGUUUAUUCUUCCUGAGCUUCCGUGUUUCCUCCCUCACUCUGCUGCGUCACUGCUGUCGGACGAUUUUUUUCAGCCUCGUACACACCCGGCUUGGAGCGACUCUCCAUCCACUUUAUCCCAUCAAUGACCUGCAGCCGGAGGCGACACAUACUAUGAGAUUAGGGCAGACCGUUAAAAUCCACAAGCCUGGAUUUGUUCUCGCUCCUCCCAUUCUACUGAGCGUGCAUCGGUGGUGACUUGUGUGCAGCCAAGUAUACCAGAAUACAUGGCGGAGGAGAGCGGCUAAAACUAUCUGCAGUUUGAAGAUGACUGAAACCAACGUGGUGAUACACAAAACUUCACAAGCUUCAUUCACCACUGAAACACUUCAAGUAUGAACUCAAACUAGGUUACCAUCUACAAAAUAAACGCUCACACACCUACUGUCACUGAGAGGAGAAAUGGCACAGAAAGGAGUUCAAGUGGAUCGAGAAACCAUCACUUGUUCAAUCUGUUUGGAUCUACUGAAGGAUCCGGUGGCUAUUCCCUGUGGACACAGCUACUGUAUGAACUGUAUUAAAUCUCACUUUGAUGAAGAAGACAGGAAGAAAAUCCACAGCUGCCCUCAGUGCAGGAAGAUUUUCAUACCGAGGCCUGUCCUGGUUAAAAACAUUGUGUUAGCAGAUUUAGUGGAGCAGCUGAAGAAGACUGGACUCCAAGCUACUCCAGCUGAUCACUGCUAUGCUGGACCUGAAGAUGUGGCCUGUGAUGUCUGCACUGGGAGGAAACUGAAAGCCAUCAAGUCCUGUUUGGUCUGUUUAGCCUCUUACUGUGAGAAACAUUUCCAACCUCACUAUGAUGCAGCUCCAUUAAAGAAACACAAGCUGGUGGCCCCCUCCAAGAAGCUCCAGGAGAACAUCUGCUCUCGUCAUGAUGAGGUGAUGAAGAUUUUCUGUCGUACUGAUCAGCAGAGUAUCUGUUAUCUCUGCACAAUGGAUGAACAUAAAGGCCAUGAAACAGUCCCAGCUGCAGCAGAAAGGACUGAGAAGCAGAAGGAGCUCAAGGUGAGACGACUAAACAUCCAGCAGAGAAUCCAGGAGCGAGAGAAAGAUGUGAAGCUGCUUCAACAAGAGGUGGAGGCCAUCAAUGGCUCUGCUGAUAAAGCAGUGGAGGACAGUGAGAAGAUGUUCACUGAGCUGAUCCGUCUCAUCCAGAAAAGAAGCUCUGAUGUGAAGCAGCAGGUCAGAUCCCAGCAGGAAACUGAAGUGAGUCGAGUCAAAGACCUUCAGGAGAAGCUGGAGCAGGAGAUCGCUGAGCUGAAGAGGAAAGACGGCGAGCUGGAGCAGCUCUCACACACAGAGGAUCACAACCAUUUUAUACACAACUACCCCUCACUGUCAGCACUCAGUGAGUCUACACACUCAUCCAGCAUCAAUAUUCGUCCUCUGAGCUACUUUGAGGAUGUGACAGCAGCUGUGUCAGAGACCAGAGAUAAACUACAGGACAUUCUGAGAGAGGAAUGGACAAACAUCUCACUGACAGUCACUCAAGUGGAUGUUUUACUGUCACUACCAGAGCCAAAGACCAGAGCUGAAUUCUUAAAAUAUUCAUGUGAAAUCACACUGGAUCCAAACACAGCACACAGAUGUCUGUUAUUGUCUGAAGGAAACAGAAAAGCAACAGUAAUAAAACAACCAUUACAUCCUGAACAUUCAGAUAGAUUCACCUUUUGGUUUCAGGUCCUGAGUAGAGAGAGUCUGACUGGACGUUGUUACUACGAGGUGGAGUGGAGCGGGAAAGCAAUUUAUGUAGCAGUUGCAUACAAAAAUAUCAGUAGAGUAGGGCGCUCAGAUGAAAGUGGUUUUGGAUGGAAUGACAAAUCCUGGGCUUUAAGUUGUACAACAGAGCGUUAUCAGUUUUUGUACAACAAAAAGAAAACUCCCCUCUCAGGUCCUCAGUCCUCCAGAGUAGGAGUGUACCUGGAUCACAGUGCAGGUAUUCUUUCUUUCUACAGCGUUUCUAAAACCAUGACUCUCCUCCACAAAGUUCGGGCCACAUUCACUCAGCCGCUCUAUGCUGGACUUUUUCUUUUUGAGUGUGGUGUUACUGGCGAGUUUAGUAAACUUAAAUAGAAGGUUUUUUGGUGUUAACCUUGUUAAUCAGGUUAGGUCUACAUGAAGACAGCAUACUCUGUUGGGACCAAAUAUAAUGUUGAAGCAGAUGCUUUGAGUGCUUCUGAAAUGAUGUGACGGUAUAGUAUGCUACAGCUGCACUCUUUACAACACUGUCAGCAUUUACUGCAAGCAUGUGUGUCAAUAUAUGCAUUACAACUAAGUAGACAGUAAUAAAGUGACUUCAUAAUAAGUUUUCAAGUCGUUUGCUAAAUACAAUACUGGAAAAUGUAUCACUUUGUCAAUAUCCCAUGUAUUGGAGAAAUUGUCACAUUCCUUUUAUUACACAAAUUUUGUUUUCACUUUAUAAAGAAGAAAUAUGUAAUUAUAUUUACCUUCAUUAUUUUGGCAGAACAAAUGUUGAUGUUCAAAUUAAUACACCAAUGUUGUCAUAUGUACUAAAUUUAUGUUUGAUAUUAUCAGUCGUUAAUGUCUAUUACAGUGUUUCCCAAACUUUUGGAACCACGGCACAGAUUUCACAUUAGAAAGAUCACACGGCACACCAACAAACAAAAAUGUCACAAAAAGCAUAUUGAUAUUUUUUCCAGACACACCAGGAAUUGGCUCAGUUUGUCAACAGUAUACCCUUUUUACUUUCUUCUGACCACUACUCAUCCUAGGGCCUUCAUCUGGGUCGGAAUUUUCUCCAGGACCCAGGUCAGACGGACGACUUUUUCGUUUCAAAUGUUUAUCUAUUGCUAUUACGUCUCACUCACAGCAUGACUGUCCUUUCUUCUUUGUCUUCUUCUGUUUUACUGGCAGUUCAAUCCAUUUAAUUAGAGUAGGUAGUUGUAGUAGGUAGUUCUCUAGUGGAAGAGAAUGGAAUUGUUCUGCCCGUUACACCGGUCACUUAGAGCAGCGGUCCCCAACUCUUGGGCCACAGACCCGUAACGGUCCGUGAGUCGUUUGGUACCGGGCCACGAGAGUUGAAGCUCCGAUUUGAAAUUUAUGGUUUUCAAGAUUUUUAUCGUUAAUUAGGUUUCCCUGGGUCUUUCCCCAUGUUGUAGUUGUAGUGUGUCAUAUUUUGAAAGAAAUAUUUACGCGUUACCAUAGCGACCAGAGAGCAUUAAAGGGCAGAGAGGACGACGUUACCCUCAAUGUUGUUGGCGCAUUUCAGGAGGAUGCUGCUAAUAAAGUUACACAAUUACACAGUGAAUUCGCGUUUUUUAUCAUAUUUACAAAAUACCUCAGUUUUUGUCUUGGUCAUAUCUUUUUA